CAUUUUCUUUAUCCUCACUUCACUCAUUUUAAUCUCCAAAGCUGAAAUCCAUUCCCUUUUUAAACGUUUCUCACUCUUUAGCUCUGCAAGAUUUCUUCAUCCCCUUUCAUUUUUAGCUUCUAAUUCUAAAAUCUCAAGUUACACACAUUCUUGAUAAUGACAGACGACAGAGUUUACCCGUCUGGAAAACCAAAUGGCGCCGCCGCAGCAGCCCCCGUGGCGGUGAAUCCCGCAAAGGGACAACUUUACAACCCCACGCGCCACCCCUACCGGCCGAGUAUUCCGGCGGCUCAAAACCCGCGCAGCAAGUACAAGCACAAGCACCGACGAGCGUUCAGCUGCCGGCGGUGCGUGUGCCUCACGUGCUUCUGGUCAAUCCUCGUCCUGCUCGUGAUUCUCCUCCUCGCCGCCAUCGCCGCCGCGGCGUUCUACGCGCUGUACCGGCCGCAUCGGCCGAUGUUCUCCGUCACAUCCCUGAAAAUCUCGAGCUUCAACCUGACUACGACGCCGGCCGACGAUUCGACCCACCUCACCACGAAGAUCAACAUCACCGUCUCCGCCAAAAACCCUAACAAAAAAUUCGCAUUCCUCUACGAUCCGAUGUCCAUCUCCGUCCUCUCCUCCAACUCCGUGAAUCUCUCGAGCGGGUCCUUCUCGAAUUUCACCGACUCCCCCGACAGCAUUUCGAUCAUCCACGCGGCGACGGCGCUGAAUUCGCAGGUGCUGGACGCCGACUCGUUGAAGUCGCUGCAAUCGGAUCUGAAGCGGCGGAGAGGACUGCCGAUGGAAAUCGUGAUGGACACGAUGCUGGGGGUAAAAUUGGAAAAACACAAGAUGAAGAAGAUAGGGAUCAGAGUGAAGUGCGGGGGCAUCCAUGGAAUUGUGCCCAAGGGCAAAAUUGUAAAACCCGUCGUCGCCACCACUUCCGAUGCAAAGUGUAAGGUUGAUCUCCGCCUCAAGAUCUUCAAAUGGACCUUCUGAUCAACUAAUUUCAUCACUCACUCAUUAAAUCGUUCUUUUAUUAUUAUUUUUUUGUUUCUCUUUACAAAAUAUAUAUAUCACAUUUUUAUUUCAUUAUAAUAUAUAUAUCAUAUACUCACUUGGGGUAUGCCUUUCAUUGUAGAAACUAGAAAAUACAAUGCAUAUUUUGUCUCAAUUUUAUUUAUUUAUUUAUUUGUAAGGAUUAUAUAUGAAUGUCAAUAGAAAUUAUUCUUGUUAUCAA